CAUUCGCUAAACCCAAUAAAUUGUUAUUUUCUGUUCUUUGCAUUUGAAUCAAAGCAAAUUUUGAUUGAUUGAUUAGAAAAUGGCGUUGAAUAUGACUCACCAGAUCGGGACCCUGGCUGCUGCGACGGUGCCGGUGCCGAAUUCGUCCGCCGGAGAAUCAACCGCGGCGAUGAGUGCCGCCACGCUGUGGAAGCCGCCGGCGGUGAGUCUGAAGUGCAAGGUCACGAGGACGGAGGGCGGCGCGGAGGGGCUGUCGCCGCCGCUGAGCCCGUGCAGGUCGCCGGUGCUACGGGCGGAUCUGUCGGCAGCGUGUCAGGCGUUCACGGCGGAGGUGGCGGCGGAGGAGUACAUUGCCGGAGGGAAGGAGAAAGGAGAGGGGAAGGAGGGAGUGCCGCUGUUUGUGAUGAUGCCGUUGGACAGCGUAAAGACGGGAAACGCGGUGAACCGGAAGAAGGCGAUGAACGCGGCGAUGGCGGCGCUGAAGAGUGCGGGGGUGGAGGGGGUAAUGAUGGACGUGUGGUGGGGUUUGGUGGAGAGAGAGAAGCCUGGGGAGUAUAAUUGGGGAGGGUACGUUGAACUCAUUGAGAUGGCGAAGAAGCAUGGCCUGAAGGUGCAGGCCGUUAUGUCAUUUCACCAAUGUGGCGGUAACGUCGGAGACUCUUGCACUAUUCCUUUACCCAAAUGGGUUGUGGAGGAGAUUGAUAAUGACCCCGAUCUUGCAUAUACUGAUCAAUGGGGAAGAAGAAACUAUGAAUAUAUAUCACUUGGAUGUGAUACUUCGCCAGUGCUCAAGGGCCGAACCCCAGUUCAAUGUUAUGCUGAUUUCAUGCGUGCUUUCAGAGACACUUUCAAGCACCUCCUUGGUGACACCAUUGUGGAAAUUCAAGUUGGGAUGGGACCGGCAGGUGAGCUGCGUUACCCUUCUUACCCAGAGCAAAAUGGGACAUGGAAUUUCCCAGGAAUUGGUGGUUUCCAAUGCUAUGACAAGUAUAUGUUGAGUAGCUUAAAAGCUGCUGCUGAAGCUGAGGGUAAGCCUGAAUGGGGAAGCACAGGCCCUACUGAUGCUGGACACUAUAACAACUGGCCAGAAGACACUCAAUUUUUCCGCAAAGAAGGUGGAGGCUGGGAUGGUCCAUAUGGUGAGUUUUUCCUCACCUGGUACUCUCAGAUGCUGUUGGACCACGGUGACAGGAUUCUCUCAUCAGCCACGUCAAUCUUUGACAACACUGGAGUGAAGAUCUCAGUGAAGGUUGCUGGCAUUCACUGGCACUAUGGCUCAAGGUCUCACGCCCCAGAACUCACAGCAGGGUAUUACAACACCCGGUUCCGUGAUGGCUACAUCCCCAUUGCUCAAAUGUUGGCACGCCACGGUGCCAUCUUCAACUUCACCUGUAUUGAGAUGCGCGAUCACGAGCAGCCACAAGAUGCCCUUUGUGCACCCGAGAAGCUUGUGAAGCAAGUGGCUCUGGCAACGCAGAAGGCACAGGUUCCACUUGCUGGUGAAAAUGCGCUGCCACGGUACGAUGAGUAUGCUCAUGAGCAGAUCAUAAGGGCAUCACAGUUGGAUGUUGAUGGUGACUCUGGUGGAAGAGAGAUGUGUGCAUUCACUUACCUGAGAAUGAACCCGCAUUUGUUUGAACCAAAUAACUGGAGGAAGUUUGUGGGGUUUGUGAAGAAGAUGAAAGAAGGGAAGAGUGCACACAAGUGUUGGGAAGAGGUGGAGAGGGAAGCUGAGCAUUUUGUGCAUGUUACACAGCCUCUUGUGCAAGAAGCUGCAGUGCUGAUGCACUGAGAAUUGUUGAACAAUCUUGUGCUGAUAGAUGGCUUAGAAAAGGUCACAAGUAGGCUGUGUGAAAGUUUUAGUGAACCAGCAGCCCAGGUUUGUGGCUUUGAAGAUGUAAAAUUUUGUAUUAUAUUGUUGUUUUAUAUUCUAUGCACCUAAAACUUCUAUUUGUUACCCUUUUAUAUUGUGUACGUAAUCAUUGACUUUGGGGUACUAUUUUCUUAAAAGUUACUCUACUUUGUACAAGUAGUUACUUAUUUCUGCAUCAUUAAACUGUUACAUGGCGUAACAGCAACAAGAGAUGCUAUUUUCUUCUAUAGGGAAAAAUGAAUUUAAAAUCAAUGAUUUUCGUUGUGUUUAA